UGAAAAAUGAUAAUGCAGCGUUAUGAUUUAUCGGUUCUCAUUCCUUUGGGACAUGUAAAGUCUCCACCAAAACAACUGAUUCACACUGAAGGGAACGUGAAGGAACUUCUCAGUGUAAGGGGACAUGAAUUAAAUUUGCAGAGCUGGAAUCAUGAUGAAGAUGACGUUACUGAGAUGUCAGAUUAUGAACUUUCUAGUGACUUCGAAGGAUUCUUGACACCGAGUUCAACAUUGGACGAAGACUGGUCUAUAAAAAAAGUUGAAAAGAAGAUAUGUGAUACAUAUUCACGAGAUCAAGGGUUUCCAGUCUUGAAUACCAAUACCACAGAUUAUGAUAAAUCGUCACAUGAGGUACAGAAGAUCCUGAUUCAUGUCUGCCUGCAGGGGUCGUUUUCAAGGCCAGGGGGAUACUGCAUGUGCUUCUUUCUCAUUCUCACAUGUUCGAUGGUGGUUGUAGAUGGAACCCAAUGGCAAUGUGAAGUAUCACUCACAACAAUAAAUUUUACUUCGAUCUGCCCAACAAAUGAAAUAGAUUACAUCAAACGUUCAAAGGAGAAAAACUGUGAAGAUAUUCAGCAAAACUGUACGACAAAUUCCAAUUUCAAAUAUCAUUGUGUUAUUGAUACAACUGGGUCGAAUUUCAUUGAAGUGUGUGCUCCUCAGAGAUUUAUUUUUGGUCAUUAUUGUACUGAGUUUAAUAAAGGAGGAGCAAGAGUACAAGAACACUAUGGAUAUGGAUGCAAGCAGUUUAACGAAAACCCUUGUCCGGAAGCAUAUCCUUCGUGGAAAUGCUACGAGUAUCCUGGAUGUUAUAGUCUUAUAGAAAAUGAGAAGAAAGCUGUCACUUCGACCGAUCAACAAAAUAUCACCAUUCGGAAUAAAUCAUGCGGUACUCUGUGCGAUGAACGGACUCUUUCAGCGAAGAUUUCCAUGACCUUUAUAUAUUUACUACUAAUGCUUCUUGUGACUUUCGUGACGAUCGGCCUUUUUUGGCGAUUUCGUAAAAAGGGUUUCCCGGUAACCAAUUGUAACACACACAGGCAGACACAGGAAGACAGAGAAGACAGAAAGGGGACAGCAUUAAUUGCACAACGGACAGAAGAAAAGGAAUUGUCGACAAUUAUGAUUGAAACCAACCAUUUCUUACAAGAGGACGAGUCCCAUAAAGAAAAAUACAAUGGGCAAACUAUCCAAUUGACAAUCAACUAAUCUGAUUCCUAACCAGAACUUAUAUCUAAGGAGAGAAGAAAAUUCAAAUCAUGCAUGCCGACGUCAAUUUCAAAUACCAUUUGAUUUAUGAAAAUACCAAGAACAGAGCUAUACUGAAUUUUGAUAAAUAUAUUUAUUCAAAUCAACUUAUCAAUUAUCCCUAUUUUUUUUUCUAUAAAUAAAGGAUUUAUAUCAAGCAUCGACUGUUUUUUUGCAUGCGUUACAAUCAUAAAGCAUAAUGGGUUCUCUUGAUGUGCUCGCUUUGAAUACAAACUUAUCGUUUCAGGAGACCACAGUCUGAAUUAAGAAAAAAAUUACAAUGAGUGUAAAUAGGAUUUUUUUAAAUUCUGGGUUCGUGUUGUUUAUAAACAGCUGUGUAAUUUUAUAAUGGAACGUUUUCAUUUCUCAAUCUUAAAUAAAUGUACAUGUGUUACACUGACAUCAUAUUUUAAUAGCCUUUUCCCAUCAAUAAAUUUUGUGUUUUUGCUGUUGUUGUACAAGCUUGAUCACUAUCCACUAAUCUUUACCUUUUAAUAAAACUAUUAACAUUUUUUUUUCAUUCCUUAUAUUAAUUACUCAAGAACUUUACUUCCAUAUGUGUAUUCUUAAAUUGUACAUUCAUGUAACAUAUUAAAAAUUGGGUCUCUUUAAUACUUACUCUUUUGUUACAAACGAAAUUUACAAGAUUUAUCAAAUAUUAUGAUAAAUGACAUAGAUAAGAAAUCCCUGAAAUAAAAAGAAAUCCAUGGUUUUCCUUGGUGCUUAGAUAUGAUACUUUGUUUUGCUAUCUUAAUUAUUCCAUACAAAUAUUUGUACCAUUUUUUAACUUUGUAACAGAAUCUUAUAAAAUUCUCUUAUUAUACUUGGUAAACUUUAUUCAAAAACCAAUUUAAAUGUAAAUGUAAGAUAAAUAUUGCUGAAUUAUCCUUAAAGAAAGGGUAAUAAGAUAUUUUAUAUUAAAAGGUAAUAAAUAUAUGCUUUUGAAAUUUGAAACAA